UGCUGUGCGAAGGGAGGAGGGCUCUCGUCUCUUAAAAUCAUUACACAUCUUUUAUCAGAAACCUAGCUGUUUGAUGGCGGUCUCGAAAAUAUUGACAGAACGCGUUUCCGUUUAGAGUUAAAAGCCGUGUACGUCUACUUUAGAGCAAAACGGUGCAGGUGAAAUUUGAUAUCCUGCCUCUGGAGUCCAGAUUUUCUUUUUGUUUUCGUCGUGUGCAACAUUUCGCAACAAGUUCAGAAACUCCUGAACUUCAAAAAAUACUUGUCGUGUGGUAAUCCCGUGUUUGCACUGUAUUUGAUGAGACUUGUUGCAGUACUUCUCAUUGUGCUCCAGCUGCUGUUCUGAUCAGCCAUUGUGGACGAAGGAAAAGGGGGCAAGGUCUAGUUUAGUGCCCGCCGGCUACACUGUUAGCUGAGUGCAUGAAAGGAGCUGCUGUAUGAACACUUGGAUGAGCCAUGAGGCUGCUGGCCCAGGAAAAAUCGCUCAGUAUGCAACCAGGAAUGGAUUAGUAUAAUCUCGAUUCGUGUUUUUCCGAGGUUCAGUCAAUGAACUUCAUUUUACAUAGUUUGUAGCAAUUUUUUUCUGCUGCUCAAAACCAAAAAAUGAGCAGAUAGUGGGGUUACUUGUUGCGGAGGUUUGUGAUUUGAUGUAAGAGGAGAAGAGAAGAAGUCCAGCACUUUGUCCUGCCGGAGGAAGUUGUUUGGCUGUUUUCUGUCACCACGUCUUCAUCACCCCACAACAGCAAAAGGAAGAUGGCACCCAAACAGCACUGGACUCAGAGCAUUAUCACUUUGUGGUCCUUACUCUGCCUGAUCCCGAGCAGCCCGGCAGCAGAUGUCCCGGAGGAAGAAGGCUUCAAUGCUGAGGCAUGGCUUCGUAAAUUUGGCUAUCUGUCUCAGGCGAGCGGUCAGAUGUCCACCAUGCAGUCGGCUCAGAUUCUUUCCAAAGCCAUCGGUGACAUGCAGCGCUUCUAUGGCCUGGAGGUGACCGGAGAGAUGGACCCUGCUACUGUUGUGGCGAUGCGUCUGCCCCGCUGUGGCCUCCCAGACAGAAAGGCAGAGGAGAUUGAUGUUGGUGCUAGAAAGAAGCGCUACACUCUCACUGGAAAGCAGUGGGACAAAGACCACAUCACCUACAGUUUAUUAAAAUAUCACGCGUUGCUGGGGGAGGAGCAGACGUACAAAGCUAUCCGCAGCGCCUUCGACGUGUGGAGACGGGUCACGCCGCUCACCUUUGAGGAGUUACCUGCUGAACACAACAACCACAGCAUCAACGGCAGCAAGUCAGAGCUCUCUGACAUCCUGUUGUUGUUUGCCUCUGGUUACCACGGUGAUAUGUCAUUGUUUGAUGGCGAGGGAGGGUCGUUGGCCCAUGCCUACUAUCCCGGACCAGGAAUCGGUGGGGAUGUACACUUUGAUGAAGAUGAGCCUUGGACAUUGGACAAUAAAAACCCAGAAGGUAUUGACCUCUUCCUGGUUGCGGUCCAUGAGCUCGGUCACGCUUUGGGUCUGGAGCACUCUGAUAACCCCAGCGCCAUAAUGGCUCCUCUCUACCAGUGGACUCACACACAUAACUUCUCCCUACACGAGGAUGACAUCAGAGGAAUACAGUACAUAUAUGGUAAGAGGCACGCACUCCCUACCUCUCCUCCCGUCCUCCGCACCUCCACCUCCAUCCCCACAGACUCUCAGCCUGACCCUGUCACCCCGUACGUCAGAAGAGAUGUCCCGCCUCCUCUGCCUCCUCCUCAGCCCCCUGCUCCUCCCCGCCCUCCCAAACUGCCCGACAACCAGCCCCCCAAUAUCUGUGACGGGGACUUUGACACGGUGACCAUGCUGAGGGGGGAGAUGUUUGUUUUUAAGGGUCGCUGGUUCUGGCGUGUGCGGAGGAACCGGGUCUUGGAUAACUACCCCAUGCCCAUAUCAGUCUUCUGGAUCGGCCUGCCUAGUGACAUUGACGCAGCCUACGAGCGCCACGAUGGAAAAUUUGUCUUCUUUAAAGAUGAACAAUACUGGGUGUUCAGGGAGGCUGACGUUGUGCCGGGAUACCCACAGCCUCUACAUCAGUACGGACAGGGAGUUCCUGCUCACAAGAUUGACACAGCAAUCUGGUGGGAGCCCAAUGGAUACACAUACUUCUUCAGUGGAGACAGGUACAGUGUGUCAGAGACACGCAGCAAGAUUUUAAAAUAUAAUCAAGUCAUCCCCAUUGAGCCCAAUUGA